AUGGGAGGAGUAGAGACUCGAGAGUUCCCUGCUCUUGGUGAUGAACGAAGAGAUGAAUUAUCUAGAGAAACUAUCGAAGAAGCUUCGGUAGGAGCUACUGAGGAAACUUCAGAAGUUGAAAGGUUGGUGCUGGACCUUUAUAAGGCCAGGCGCAAUCUCCCGAUCAAAAGAGGCUACAAUGAACAGUCACAUAACGUGGUCCUUCACGAUAUGGAAGAGGAGAUUAUGAUGGCAAACCUCUCUAGGAGAAGUGUGACGAGCUCGUACAUUGAUGUACAAGGGGAUGGACGAGCUACGCUCACUUUAUUGAUGUCCGAUGACACGCAUAUUAGCGGUGUCAUGAGGACAUCGGAUGGUCGACCCUUCAGUUUCAUCCGAGACUGCGAGGAUAAUGUGUGGAAGGGCGACCAUGAGGGCCUUUCCAUCGGAUUUGGUCAUCUCACGAUGACCAACACUUGUGGAAGAAUUCCACUAUUGCCUCGGUUCUCGGCUAUGCUGGAAAGAAGUUUGGAUAGGACUCGAAGUAUCCGCUUCAUCAACUUCGAUGACACGGAAAGAAUAGCAACGAUAAUGCAAGAAAGUCGAAGAAUAUUUAUGCGAACUUAA